AUGGCAGCGAUGUUCAGGCGCAGCUGCGGGGCUCUGAGAAGUCUUUCUCGUUUUGAUUGGAGAUCACAACAUACAAAAGCUGCCCUAAAAAGUGAACCAGGAUUUGGAUUUAGUUUUGAGUUCACUGAACAGCAGAAAGAAUUUCAAGCCACUGCUCGUAAAUUUGCCAGGGAGGAAAUAAUCCCAGUUGCUGCAGAAUAUGAUAGAACUGGCGAGUAUCCUGUUCCCCUCAUUAAAAGAGCCUGGGAACUUGGUUUAAUGAAUACACACAUUCCAGAAAGUUGUGGAGGUCUUGGACUUGGAACUUUUGAUUCUUGUUUAAUUACUGAAGAAUUGGCUUAUGGAUGUACAGGAGUUCAGACUGCUAUUGAAGCAAAUUCUUUGGGGCAAAUGCCUGUUAUUAUUGCUGGAAAUGAUCAACAAAAAAAAAAGUAUUUGGGGAGGAUGACUGAAGAGCCACUAAUGUGUGCCUACUGUGUAACAGAACCUGGAGCAGGCUCUGAUGUAGCCGGUAUAAAGACCAAAGCAGAAAAGAAAGGAGAUGAGUAUAUUAUUAAUGGUCAGAAGAUGUGGAUAACCAAUGGAGGAAAAGCUAAUUGGUAUUUUUUAUUGGCUCGUUCUAAUCCGGAUCCUAAGGCUUCUGCCAGUAAAGCCUUUACUGGAUUUAUUGUGGAAGCAGACACCCCAGGAAUACAGAUUGGAAGAAAGGAGUUAAAUAUGGGCCAGCGAUGUUCAGAUACAAGAGGAAUUGUCUUUGAAGAUGUAAAAGUGCCUAAAGAAAAUGUUUUAAUUGGUGAGGGAGCUGGUUUCAAAAUUGCAAUGGGAGCUUUUGAUAAAACCAGACCUCCAGUAGCAGCUGGUGCUGUGGGACUAGCACAAAGAGCUCUGGAUGAAGCUACCAAGUAUGCCCUGGAGAGGAAAACUUUUGGAAAGCUGCUUGUAGAGCACCAAGGAGUGUCAUUUUUGCUGGCUGAAAUGGCAAUGAAAGUUGAACUAGCUAGAUUAGGUUACCAGAGAGCCGCGUGGGAGGUUGAUUCUGGUCGCCGAAAUACUUAUUAUGCCUCUAUUGCAAAGGCAUUUGCCGGAGAUAUCGCAAAUCAGUUAGCUACUGAUGCUGUGCAGAUUUUUGGAGGCAAUGGAUUUAACACAGAAUAUCCAGUAGAAAAACUAAUGAGGGAUGCCAAGAUCUAUCAGAUUUAUGAAGGUACAGCACAAAUUCAAAGGCUUAUUAUAGCCCGUGAACAUAUUGGCAAGUAUAAAAAUUAA